CACGUUUUCAGGUCUUCAGUGAGUCUGCGCAUGCAAUAGAACGUGACACGAGGUAACGGUGUGACAGUGAAUUUAAGAUAUAGAAGUCCUGAAGACCUUAACACCGUCCCAGAAUCAAGCCAACGAUAUUUGACUUGCCGCAGAAUGUCUUGGCUGUUUGGCUUGAACAAGGGGCAGUCUGGCGCGCCCCCGGAUCUCCCUAUACCACCGCCUCCUCCGCCGGCCGGGGCUUCUGGUGGGGAUAAACCCAAGGACAAAUGGAGUAAUUUCGACCCAACCGGGCUGGAGCGAGCGGCCCAGGCGGCUAAGGAGCUUGAUAAAUCACGCCAUUCUAAGGAGGCGCUGGACCUGGCGCGCAUGCAGGAGCAGACGCUGCAGCUGGAGCAUCAGACCAAGAUGAAGGAAUAUGAGGCAGCGUUGGAGCAGAUAAAGGGGGAUCAAAUUCGCGUCCAGUCGGAGGAGAGGAGGAAAACGUUGGUGGAGGAGACAAAGCAGCACCAGGCGAGGGCACAGUACCAGGAUAAGUUGGCCAGGCAGAGGUACGAUGACCAACUGAGGCAGCAGCAAGUUCUUAAUGAAGAGAAUCUGCGCAAGCAGGAGGAGUCCGUGCAGAAGCAGGAGGCGAUGAGACGCGCCACCAUCGAGCACGAGAUGGAGCUACGUCACAAGAACGAGAUGCUGCGCGUGGAGGCGGAAGCCAAGGCACGAGGUCGCGUGGAGCGUGAGAAUGCCGACAUCAUCCGCGAGCAGAUCCGCCUGAAGGCUGCUGAGCACCGGCAGACUGUGCUGGAAACCAUACGGACGGCAGGUGCUGUGUUUGGGGAGGGUUUCCACGCCUUCAUCUCGGACUGGGACAAAGUCACAGCCACAGUGGCAGGGCUGACCCUCUUGGCUGUGGGGAUCUAUUCAGCCCGAAAUGCGACCUCAGUGGCCGGGCGCUACAUCGAGGCCCGCCUGGGCAAGCCGGCACUGGUGCGGGAAACGUCUCGCUUCACUGUGGGGGAGGCCAUCCGGCAUCCUGUCAAGAUGACAAGGCGGCUGACCAGUAAGCCCCAGGAUGCCCUGGAGGGGGUGGUCCUCAGUCCAAGCCUAGAGGAGCGUGUGCGUGAUAUUGCCAUAGCGACUCGUAACACACGGCAGAACCGAGGGCUUUACCGGAACAUCCUUAUGUAUGGACCACCUGGAACUGGAAAAACACUUUUUGCAAAGAAGCUGGCUAUGCAUUCUGGGAUGGAUUAUGCCAUCAUGACGGGGGGAGACGUCGCCCCCAUGGGGCGUGAAGGCGUGACCGCCAUGCACAAGGUCUUUGACUGGGCCAACACCAACCGACGCGGCCUCCUGCUCUUCGUUGAUGAGGCAGAUGCCUUCCUUCGCAAGCGAGCCACUGAGAAGAUCAGCGAAGACCUCAGGGCCACUUUGAACGCGUUCCUCUAUCGCACGGGCGAGCAGAGCAACAAGUUCAUGCUGGUGUUGGCCAGUAACCAGCCGGAACAGUUCGACUGGGCCAUCAACGACCGCAUUGAUGAGAUCGUCAACUUUGCCCUGCCAGGCCCGGAAGAGCGGGAACGGCUGGUGCGGCUGUACUUUGACCGCUAUGUGCUGGAGCCGGCCACUGGGGGGCGGCAGAGGCUGAAGCUGGCCCAGUUUGACUACGGGAAGAAGUGCUCAGAGAUUGCCCAGCGGGUGGAUGGCAUGUCGGGCCGAGAGAUCUCCAAGCUGGGUGUCGCCUGGCAGGCGGCCGCCUAUUCCUCUGAAGAUGGCGUGCUGACGGAAGCCAUGAUUGAUGCCCGGGUGGAAGAUGCCAUCCGGCAACACCAGCAGAAGAUGGACUGGCUACAUAGGGAGGAGGCUGAAAGUGUGGGCAAGGCUGGGGUCAUCCUGCCCCCCGGGGGGGCCUUAGACAAAGGAGGGAAAAAAAUGGGCUUUGUGCUGCAGGAGGAAAUACCUCGGGCCCACAAGGUGGAUGGGUUUGGGUCCAAAACCGUGAUGGGGGGCACCUUCCCUCCACAUGUGACCCCCUUGCCCAAGGACAAUGCGUCUCUGCCUGCAGAGGGUGGAGCCCCCAAACCCGAGGACCCCUUUCCAAACACGGAAGGGCAUAUGAUAAAGGCAGAGGCUCCAUCGAAAGACGGGACUCCUGUGUAAGCAUGUAAGGCCUCUGAGAGAAGGGGAUUCUGGGGAAAUAUCAGAAAUUAUUGGUGGAGACUUGGGGAGCAGGGUAGGAUACAGAUGAUUAAACGACACAUUUGCUGUCA